AUGACGGGUGGAGAGAGAAAGCGCAAAAACCCUCCUCGGGGCGCUGCCCGAGCUGAGCAGGUCGUCAAGAAACGCACCGUGACUCCUCCCGAAAGGUCGGCGACCCCAGCUGCUACAGCACCACCGCCAUCGCCGCCGCCUCCCCCAGAGCCCGUCGUCGAGGAGACCCCGCUACCCAAGUCGGUACAGGCAGGAAUUCCACUGCCCACUGUCGAGACUCCCCAGCCGGAUGACCUUCCUGGCAAAGAAUACCAAUCUAUACAGGAGAGUGGCGUUCUCGCAGAGUCUCUUAACCGAUCACGGCAGAAAUGGAUCAACGAAGGGAUAUUUGAAAAGUAUUGGACCAAACCCGUGAAACGGAAAGGCGUAGUCAAGGAGGAGCCAAACAAUCCACCAAAGGACAGCAUGCAGAAAAUUGGAAGCAUCAUCAUCACGAUUGAGCCUCAUGUGCUUGAGGCGACCAUGUUCGGCAUCAAGGACAAUCAGAAGCCUCCUCCGACCACGAACUCGACGUUUCGUCCCGUCAUGCAAUAUGGUCCUCCAAACGGUGUCAUGCCGCCUCCUCCAAAGCCAUCGACCCCCGCCACGCCUGCAACCGUGCCAGCAUCACCAGCAAAAGGCCCAAUGCACCCGUCGGGGGCACCUGUCUCGGCGCCAGCGCCCACGCCCUUGUCACAACCACCAAUUAAAAAUCCUCCAGCUUUGGCUCAACCUGGUAUACAUACACAACAACAGCAACUAGAAAUACAGCGUCCCCCUCUUGCUACUGCACCUGCGCAUGCGGCACCAGUUGCUGCCCCUCCGAUGGCUGCGCCCAGUUCGGUACUCGCGGCACCUGGACCGCCGCAACCACCACAGAUUGCACAGCCUCCCCUGAGAUCACCCGCGCAUGGAACGCAUGUGCAACCCCUGGCUUCACCAGCAGGGCCAAUGGCCCAACCUGGCGCUGUACGGCCUCCACAGGCACCAAGUGCCAGCCCCACGCCAGCCAAUGCACCACCGAGAGCAUCUACAUCAAGCGCAAAACCGGCAACACCAACGCCUGCUGGCACUGAUCCCAUCAUAGUCACACUGGCCGAAAAGGCUUCACAUGACCCGCAUCUACGAGAUCUCAUGAAGAGAGUAGCUAUCGGGCAGGCUGCUCCCGAUGAGCUUCAGCAUUUCCAAAAGAUUAUUGAUCAAAUCACAGCUGAUUACAAGAAGAGCGGAGGGCAGCAGGGUCCGUCAGCGGAUAGACUCAUUGUAGAUGGACGGACGGUAAAGUACCUUGCCGACGAGGUGCGGACAAUUCUAGAUGUUGUCUUGGCAUCAAAUCCACAUCAAAAAGCGUCAGAUCUCAAAGUCCCACACGACUCUGAUCCAUUGAUCAUUCUACUGGUGAAGAAAUCACUGGAAGACCACACAACUAGAAAUAUGGUUCGGAGGGUAGCAGAGAACAAGACUAAAUUCUCUGAUGCAACGGACCUCAAGGCUGUCCUGGACAGGUUGAAAGAUUUACUGCCCAAGAAUGCUGCUAAACCGCAACAGCCACAACAGCAGGCAGCCAGCACACCCGAGGUAGUGCAUCCAACAACACCAGCAAAGAAGGUGCCUGCGUCACAUGCGCCAGCAGCGGCGCCGCAACAAGCUUUACGUUCUAAGGGGCCCGCACCAAGCUUCAAGACUGAGUUUUCUGCAAUCGUACUGGAAUUUUCUGGCGGGACAGGGGAUAGAUAUCUAUUUCCCAAGUACAGCAUCCUAGAGUACCAACAAGGCGCUACUGAAGUCCUUGCUUCAUUUUUGAUCGUGCGCAAAGGCAGCAGAUCUGAAUAUGGCGGAGAUCCUGCAUUGGAUUACUAUCAACCAAUGACGAUUCGAAUCGCUUCACCGAAUGGGAAAAAUCUUGACCAGAUCGCAAGGGUUGUAGCGCCACAAGACGAAGUCAAGCGAUAUAUGGAUGAUGUCAUGGACAACAUGACACGCGCAGAGUACGUUUUGCUUGCAAUGAGACUACCUCGUCCAGAAAAGGAGGAUGAGGCAGCCGGUCGAUCCGAAACUCCAAAGAUGGACAAGCCGCAGCAAACACUCCAAGCUCCUCAGCCUCAUCAAGGAGUACUUUGGACGACAAAGGCCGCACCCACCAAGCUGGUAUCCCAACCUCCCACUCCAAAGGUUCUCGGUGAAGAUGAACAAUACCAAAACUUCAUCGCCUCUGUUAGUUGA